CUUGAGAGUUUAAAUGUACUUCUUGAUGUCUUGUGUACAUAUGUCUCUUUGUUACUUGCUUAUUUCAAAUACUGUGAAUAUUUGAUCACACAUCUCAAACUGCCAAACGUGUUCAGCUUUCGUUAAGAUUAAAUAUUCAUCAAUGACCUGAAGAAGACGUUACAAGGAACAACCACCUGAAAGCCGAAAGAUUAUUUUAGAUUUCUCCUUUCAAAGCAAAGGAUAUACGACAAAAUGAGGGCAAUUGAAGCCGCAUGUGCAGUUUUACUCUGCUCGUGUGUGGACAGUGUCAGUGCGAACUUUUGGGCGUGGAAAGUUGAGAUGAUAGACGGGUUUGAAAACAAGCGAGUGACUGACCAUAUCAUGUGGACGGAACCGAACACGGAGAGCCUGCUUGAGUGUGCUGUCAGAUGUAGCCAACACGACCUAGCUGUGACGUGCGGCUACAACCCAAACACGUUGGAAUGUGUUGCCUACAGUGCAAGGUUCACAGAUCAGUCAACCGUGGCCUAUGUGGACAACAGUAAAUACAGAAUGUACUCUCUAAAUCCAGUACCAUCUGUACCGCCUUUGGGUAUUUGCAACACAUCUAAUGAUUGCCUAGUAGCCGACACGGAGUGCAUUGAAGAGGAGUGUGUGUGCAUUAUAUCGCAGGUAUUUUCUUACGCUGCUGGAGGAUGUGUCCAAGGAUGUUCCCAAUACAGCAACACGUUCACCAAGUUUGCAGGUCGUGUGAUUUAUAAGCAUGACGAUUUGUUCCUGACCACUGCUACAGAGGAUGAAUGCCGAGCCGCUUGCGUCACCGAGACAAGCAUAGUGUGCAAAACACUGGAGUACAGUUCAGUGUCAUCUGCGUGUGUUCUGAGUUCUUUUGGAUGGAUGGAUGUCAACGUUUUGUAUAGGGGAACUAACAAUAAUUAUGACAUACAUCUCCGGCAUUGUGAUUUUUAAACAGAUGACGAAUUGAUUGCUGGAUGUUAGUAUCUAUUUUUAAAACAUGAAUAUAAAAGACAUCUUUAUGUAUUUCUGUAGAGCGUAUAUAUUUCGAGCUUAGAAACAGCUUGGCCAAACAUGUUUAGACUUUGCCUCAUUAUUCUGAGUUGAAAAGCUAAUGAUUGUUCGAAAUAGGAAAUAUUUUCACAACUCAGCAGAUUACCAAUGCCAUGAGAGGUAUGAUCGAGCAUGUAUCUGGCUGAGGAAGUGUGUACAGACUUUGUACAGUCAUGAAGUUUAUUUCACUUGAAAGCCAAGACCUUACAUGUAUGUCCGGGCCUGUUUGUCUGUUGUAAACAUCUCUGAAAGUGCUGUACCAUGCUUGUUACCAAGGAUAUACACCGGUGGUGUUUGAUCUGAUUUUCAUUAAAGCCCCACACCAGCACUAUACAAAUAUUUGUAGCCAUCACAAUGUAUUGAGCCUUAAUUGUUCAUAGUUUUAUGCAAUUAUGUAUGUUUAGUUAUUAAUCGGACUCAACAUAGGUCUUGAAGACAUGUCUUUUGAUAACAUCAAGUGAGCUUACGUCAUGCCCAGUUUGUCCGUCAAAACAUCUUCUCAGAAAUCAUUUAACAAGCUAAAACUUCACAUUGACAUCGAAUGACAUUGAAUGAUGACAUCGCAGUUUGUUCACUUCAUUUAGGAUUACAAACCCAGCAAUGUUUACCUCCCUAAAUUGGUACAUGCAUUGUUUGAAGUGGGGCUUCUUUUAAAUUUUGACUGUGAUUUGACCUUUGCAUUUUAACUUUGCUCCUGAAUUCUCACAGAAUGAGUUCCUAGCGAUUUCUGUUCAGAAAUCACUUGAGCAAGAAAGUUGAAACCUUACAUGAUUGUUUCUACCAACGAUAACUCCUCAACGUGUUCAAGAGGUUCAAACAGUAGCCAUAUUGACACAUCUAUUUAUGGCCAUUACUAGCAAGGGGGCUAAGAAUUCAGUUUGAGGCAUAUCUAGAUCUGUAGGCCACUGCUUCAAGCAAUUUUUUCUGUGAAAAUCAACACGUUUUGUGAUUAUAAAAUAUUGGCUUUACAUAUAGGUGAGCUACUGUAACGGAGCACGAUUUCAGGGAGUUUUUAUCGGAUGUGCAGCUGAUCUCAAAUAAGUUAAAUGAACAUGCACGUUGUUAGGAUUGCGUUUUCUGUUCUUUACAUCGAUUAUAUUGUCACCACGAUGUGUUACUGUUUUAUUUAAUAAAUAGUUC